AUGCAAAGUUUCCUAGCCAAAUAUCCACAUGCAAAACCACUGGUGGUGCUUCCAAAAGGAAUACUGCCUACUUGGAAAAAGGAGUUUCAGAUAUGGCAAAUUGAGGACACUCCGCUGUAUGAUUUUUACUCCGUUAAGGCAGAUAAUAGGCAUCAGCAAUUGGAGGUGUUGAAACAAUGGGUGGAGCAGAAGAGUAUCCUUUUCCUAGGGUACAAACAGUUCUCCUCAAUUGUCUGUGAUGAUGGGAAUAAUCAGGUGUCGGUUACUUGCCAGGAGAUAUUGCUUAAGAGACCUUCAAUUCUAAUUUUGGAUGAAGGGCACACUCCAAGGAAUGAGAAUACAGACGUGUUACAAUCUCUGGCCAAAGUGCAGACGCCUCGUAAAGUUGUGCUUUCUGGAACCCUCUACCAAAAUCAUGUCAAGGAGGUGUUCAAUGUAUUGAAUCUAGUUCGUCCUAAGUUUCUGAGGAUGGAUACUUCCCGAAGUAUUGUCAAGCGUAUCUUGAGUAAAGUAAACAUUCCAGGUGCGAGGAAGCAAUUCAAAGCAGGUGCAGAUGCAGCUUUCUAUGAAUUGGUAGAACACACGAUACAGAAAGACCAAGAUUUUAAAAGGAAGGUGAAUGUUAUUCGAGAUUUGCGUGAGAUGACUAGCAAGGUUCUUCACUAUUAUAAAGGAGAUUUCUUGGAUGAGCUUCCAGGACUGAUUGAUUUCACUGUAGUGCUUAACCUCAGUUCCAAACAGAAGCACGAAGUGCAAAAGUUGAAGAAGCUGGCAAGGAAGUUCAAGAGAAGUUCUGUUGGGAGUGCUGUUUAUCUACACCCAAAGUUGAACUCCUUCUCUGAGAAUUCGGCUGUAACUGAUGGUAUGAUGGAUAACUUGCUAGAGACAUUAGAUGUGAGAGAGGGAGCCAAGGCAAAAUUCUUCCUUAAUAUAUUAAGCUUAUGCGAUUCAUCUGGGGAGAAGCUCCUGGUUUUCAGCCAGUACCUUACACCCUUAAAGUUUUUAGAAAGACUUGUGAUGAAAGUAAAGGGCUGGGUUCUAGGAAAAGAGAUCUUUGUGAUCUCUGGUGAAUCAAGUUCUGAUCAUCGAGAGUGGUCCAUGGAGCGAUUCAACAAUUCCACAGAUGCUAAAGUUUUCUUUGGAUCUAUUAAGGCAUGCGGAGAAGGGAUAUCCUUGGUGGGAGCAUCUCGCUUAAUUAUCUUAGAUGUUCAUCUUAAUCCUUCGGUGACUCGCCAGGCAAUAGGACGUGCAUUCCGACCCGGGCAAACAAAGAAAGUUUACUCAUAUAGGUUGGUUGCUGCUGAUUCACCUGAAGAGGAAGAUCAUACCACAUGCUUCAGGAAGGAAGCAAUUGCUAAAAUGUGGUUCGAGUGGAACGAAUACUGUGGUUACCAGGAUUUUGAGGUGGAGACCGUUGCUUUGGAUCACAGUGGAGAUCGCUUCUUGGAAAGUUCGCUGGUGAGGGAAGAUGUAAGGGUUCUGUAUAAAAGGUUAGUGCACGGUGGUAGUUGUUUUAAUUUUCGCAUAUGCAAAUCUCCAUUGUUUCUCCUUAGAUUUUUCCUCCAUAUGUUUCAGGUAGGACUUGACGUGAUAGGGCCGAAGUGCUGGAGUAGGCAGAAAUAA